UCCGUGGUUACCCGGAUGUAGGCGGUGUGAGAAGUACGUCAUUGUUCGAGCACAUCCCCCGGCGGAGAGAGAGGAGGCCAUGGAGGCGGCCGGGGACGUUCGGCGAAUUUAAUUCCGUUACAGCAACCGAGUGUCGAACCAUGACCAUAAUCGAUAAAGUGUCUUCAGUGACUGCAGCAUGCCGGAACCAGCUUUACAAGCCAAUGGCACCGUCAACUGGAGACAAAGACACAGGUUCCCCAAUUUGGAGCAUGGUAUCCUCUCCAGCUAAAACCUCUCUUGGACCAGUACCUGGUGCUGCCGUCUAUUCCAGCUCAUAUGUUCCUGAAAAGACUGUGGCUUCAGAGCAGAAUGAUCCACCACUGGCCGUUCCUGGAGAUGGCAUCAAUCCACCACAAAAGAUCCUUUUCCCGGCCGAAAAACUGAGACUGAAAUGGCAACGUAUGCAAAAGGUUGGCGCUGGUCUCCAAAACCUUGGCAAUACUUGCUUUGUGAACUCUGUUCUGCAGUGUUUAACAUACACAGCACCUCUUGCGAACUACAUGCUCACUCGCGAGCACUCCAAGACCUGUCGUGAACAAGACUUCUGUAUGAUGUGUGUGAUGCAAGCUCACGUGACUCAGGCCCUUUGUAACUCCGGAGGAGUCAUCAAGCCUACCAGUGUUAUCAAUGAUCUUAGACGUAUUGCAAAGCACUUUCGUUACGGAAGCCAGGAGGAUGCUCAUGAGUUUCUUAGAUAUACGGUAGAGGAAAUGCAGAAAUCCUGUCUUAAAGGUUGCUCUAAUUUGGACAGGCACACACAAACAACAACUUUUGUACAUCAGAUAUUUGGUGGUUGUCUACGUUCUCGAGUGAAAUGUCUAAAUUGUAAAUCCGUUUCUGACACCUACGAUGAAUAUCUCGAUAUCCCUCUGGAGAUAAAGACUUCCCAUAGUGUAACUAAAGCCUUGGAACAGUUUGUGAAAGCAGAACAGCUUGAUGGGGAUAACGCAUAUAAUUGCAGCAAGUGUAAACAAUUGGUUACCGCAACAAAAAGAUUCACAGUACAUCGAAUAUCCAAUGUGCUGACUUUGUCCUUGAAGAGGUUUGCAAGCUUCAGUGGUGGGAAACUUUCAAAGGAAAUAAAGUACCCAGAAUACCUUAACAUCCGUCCAUUCACAUCCAACCCCCAUGGAGAACCAAUCAUGUACUCUUUAUAUGCUGUUCUUGUGCAUACAGGCCUAAGUUGUCACACCGGGCACUACUUCUGCUAUGUAAAGGCCAGUAAUGACCAAUGGUACUUGAUGAACGACUCAAUCGUGUCCAGUGCAGAUAUUCGGACUGUGCUCAACCAGCAGGCAUACCUUCUGUUUUAUAUCCGAUCGCAGAAUGUACAGUGUGGAGACUCGCCUUACUCCCAUCAGUCUGCCAGCCCCAACUCUCCUCAGCCCAGCAGCAGCCAUCAAGUUGGAGGCACAAAGUCCGAUUUCAUAGGACCCCAGCAGAUGAUCAAAAACGCAAAGAACAUGAAUGGUAAUAGAUCACCAAAAACCUCUCUAAAUGGUAACGGAAUAAAUGGCAACAUUCUUAAAAGAUGCAUCGGCCCUUUGCCCAUGAACAGACAAAUGACUGUGAACGGCAAAAAACAAAAAAUCAUAGUUAACAUUAAUAAACCCCUUCCUGCCCAAGAAAUCUCCUCUGACGCUAAACAGAACGGCCCAUCCCAGUCUACCUCUGCACCCCCAUCCACCAGUGAUCUCCCAUAUAAGUUGAAACGUGGACCUCUGGCCAGUGCCAGUCCUGCAGUAUCUUCCACCGUGCUGGUUCCUUAUGGGGCAGAAUCUGAGGAGGAAUCUGAAGAGGAGAGUAAAGGCGUACGGAAAGGAAGAUUUAGUGCUGACUUGGUGAACACAUCUGUCAUCACUAAUGGACAUGCUACCAUUGACUUGAAUGGUAACUCUGUUCUGACAGAAGAAGAGCCGGCGUCUAAAUCUAAUCAAACUGACCAAGAAGUGCAUGAGUCCACCGACGCUGCCGGUCCCGUUAAACACAACGGCUCUGUGGAAGUUGACCUCCAAACUGUGACAAAGGAAGAAACAGCAGCAGCCAUAUCUUAUCAUCCGGAGAGUGAAAGAUCAGAAGUAGAAGAACUUUUGCAGAAUACAGAAAACCUAAACCUGGCCGUUGAUCCAGGAGGUCUUCCAGAACACAACGCAGGUGACUAUGAGGAGCAUCAGAAUGGAUCGUCACCAUCUUCUGUACCUGUGGAGCACCAAAGGGAAGCUAGCACUACACCUCAAGAUGUGAAGAAUGGAAAUGAUUAUACAUGCCACAAUGGACAUAGUGACAGGAAACAUGUCCGCAGCGAGAGAUCUCGAUCUGUGCACGAGAGAGACUCCCGGAAGAGAGAACUGUAUUCGCGGAGCAGAGACAGCUGCAAGUAUGAUCGCCAUAAAUACUAUCACAGUGAUGAAUACAGACACAGGAAUAAUUUCUCUCGAGAAAGUGAAAGUCACAGGAGCCAUGGGAGACAUCGGUCAAAGAGCAGGGGGAGAAUGGACGAUCCGUAUCGUUAUCUGUCCAGACGGGAUCGUUCACACAGCCGCGAGAGGAACCAUUACAGCAGACAUCAGCGAUGGGAUCAUUUUCAUUCCUCUUAUAGAGAUGAUCGGGACAGAGUCUCAUACGAGAACCGAGACGAUCACUACAGGGAUUCCAAGUACCAUAGGAAUGACUGGUACUAUCACUCUAGAGACAGGCGUGAUCAUGGCUACAGCAGCAAGCACUCUCACUACUCUUCUUUCUCAAGGCACUCUGACUCUCAUCAUCACCAUGGAAAGUUUAACCACCAACAUUAUGAUAACAGUAAGAAACGAAAACCAGAGUACAGUAGCAGCACGGGGGAGGAUUAUUACGAGCCUGACUGCAAGAAAAGAGUGAACUCUAUGGAAGAAAGGAAAGUAACUGUAAAGACGUAGCAUCUCCUGCAUGGAAUAGACUCCACUGAAACACCUUGAAAUGCUGCAUUUAAACUACCGCAGACAUCCUCCUUUUUUUUAUUUCACAUUUUUGACUACCAGGGUUUUUCUUAGUUUUUGUUUUUAAGGAAUUUUCUGCAAAUUUGUUUUGUUUUGGACAAGUUCUCCAAAUCUUUCACUUCUAAUCAGAGUUACAUAACCAUAUCUGGAAGACCAUAGUGUGCUUAUAGUUAUUUUUGGGAACUGUAUAAACAUGUCCAGCAUCCCAUCCUAUAAUGUGACUAAAACAGGUUGCCUCCACUUAUACAGCUGCUUAGGGGGGGAGUGUGGGAUCCUUGUUAGACUGCACGCCUGCGCUGCAUUCACUUCACACCGCUAAGCAGCUUGACAGCAUAUCUAAUGUACGAUUGCUCCUUUACUUUCUACUGUAAGAACUCUGCUCUGCAGUAGGCUGCAAUGCAAUAUGCUGUAGGCUGAGCAGCUUGACAGCAUAUCUAAUGUACGAUUGCUCCUUUACUAUCUACUGUAAGAACUCUGCUCUGCAGUAGGCUGCAAUGCGAUAUGCUGUAGGCUGAGCAGCCUGACAGCAUAUCUAAUGUACGAUUGCUCCUUUACUAUCUACUGUAAGAACUCUGCUCUGCAGUAGGCUGCAAUGCGAUAUGCUGUAGGCUGAGCAGCCUGACAGCAUAUCUAAUGUACGAUUGCUCCUUUACUAUCUACUGUAAGAACUCUGCUCUGCAGUAGGCUGCAAUGCGAUAUGCUGUGGGCUGAGCAGCCUGACAGUAAUGGGGAGGAGGAAUUCAUCCUGUUCUCCGUUCCUGUUAGGCAGCUCAGCCAUGGGAGCAGAUGACACACAAACUGUUGUAGAAAAUAAUUUUUGCUCAACUUUAGAUAGUAAUAGAUCAAUUGUACAAGAACAUCCUGACAGGAUGUAUCCCAUCUGUAUUAGGACAUGCUGAUGGUUUAGUGAACCCAAGUCUGCUGAUGGUAUUCAUGCUGGUUAUGAGCCAUGUACAUCUUCCUUAUUUUAAUUUGAAUUGCCCUUUUUAUCAUUGGCACUAGUUUAGAUGCAGCAUUCGCUAUUGGAGUCCAUGCUUUUUGUCUUCUGUCCAUGCGCUACCAGACUCUCCUGGCCGAAUCGAUAAAGACCAGUUCACUCGCCCGUUCUACCUGUUGUGUAAAAACCGAACAGAGUUGGUGCUGUUUGACAAUACUGUACAGAACUUUACCACACAAGUAUUUUUCAAUGGUUUUUAAUUUUUGUUUUUGUUUUUGUUUUUAUACACGUUUCAUCCUACUGAACUUUUCAACUGCUGAUCAUUACGCGGCGUCUGAUCUCAAGCGGAAACGGGAAAUGCCCUGGAACAUGUGCUCUCAAAUGCUGCUUUUCUUAAAGACUCAGGAUUAUGUGUUUUUCUCAGCAUGUUUAUUUCCCACAUGUGACACCGAGACCGAAGCUUGAGGAAUUAAGGAGUCUUUCAUGUAAAUAUAUGAUUAAAAGAAAAAGAAAAUCUACAGCAAAAGACCUUGCAUUUUGUCUCACUUGAGAUGCUCUUGUAUGUAUGAUAAUCACGUACUGUAUUUUAGAUACUAAUUGUAUAAAUCAUCCUCCAUGUUUAUGUAUGUUCUACUAUAGAAACUUUUUAUUAUUUAUUCCCAUGGACCUGAGGAACUCAGAGCUACAGUGUGUUCAUUCAUAUCAAUCUUGGCACGAAUUGGAAAGCGGAACCCUUAGGAAGGGGAAGGUGACUGAUCAAAAAGUGACCAGUAAAUUAAUGGCAUUCGUUCACGUAGACUAUAUGGCCAUUUACAGAUCAGUAUACUAGGUAUUUAUCCUCUUGCCCAUACAUUAUCAGGAGUAUCGUUAUUUGUAUCCUUGCUGUGAAAUGCUCAAUCUAUGAUCUAUUUAAAUACUUUAUAAUUUGUAUACACUUGCAUCAUUUUCCCACUAUAAACAAUGUGAUGGG